UCUCAUAUAUACAAGCAAAUUAAUCAAAGCCAAAGAAAGAGUAGAAAUCAAGAGAGAGAAAAAAAAAAGCAUGGCAAUUAUCUCAGAUGAAGAUAUACAUCUAUCUCAGAUGGUCAGAAACUUCAUAGAAUUGGAUGAUUCUUCAUCAUCAUCAUCAUCUUUCCCAUGCGCCAACAAUAAUCCUUCUGAUUAUUGGACCCUUCAAGUUGAAUUCUUCGACCAAAACCCCACCACCUUUCUCUCUCUGCAGGAAACUCUUGAGAGUGUCACAGAUUCAGAGGCGGAGAUUCUUGGGAAAAUCUUGUUUUAUUGGAGAGAAGUGAGGAAUUUGGAGGCUGAGAAGCUGAGGAAAUGGAUAGUAAGCAGAUUGAGAAUGGAUGACUAUGAAGCUUCCCUAUGUACAACUUCUUGGGUCACUACUUUUGGUCGCCCUUCAGCAUUUCGAUUCAGGGAUUGUUAUGAGUACAUUGAUGUGAUGAUGAAGAGUGAUAGCAAUGGGGGUGAGAGUUUGAGGCUAAUAGUGGACACAGAUUUCAGGUCACAAUUUGAGUUGGGAAGGCCAACACAGGCCUACAAAGAACUCUCAAACUCUCUCCCUACCAUUUUUGUUGGGACUGAGGACAAACUCCACAGCAUCAUCUCCUUGCUAUGUGCAGCUGCCAAACAGUCCUUGAAAGAGAAUGGCCUUCAUGUACCUCCAUGGAGAAAAGCUUCUUACAUGCACUCCAAAUGGCUGUCUGAAAAUUGCAAAAAAUCUUCCUUCUCACCCCUUUGCACAUGACACAUAUAGCAUAGGAAGAUUAUAUAGUAUUUCUCCAGUUCUUGGAUAUGGGUUAUGAAAGAUAUGAUGUUUGAUGGUUUGAUAAAGGAGUAAGAUUUUAUUGCUUUUCUUUUCCUUUAUGGCCAAAGUUUUGGGACAUUGUUUAAUU